UUUAUUAGUUUAUAAGAUAAAUUUUAUCAGAAAAAAAUAUUUAUCAUCGGAAAUGUCGGAAGACAUAACAGUCAAUGUAUAAAAGUCAGCAAUCCGCGGAUCAAUCACAUAAAAGCUUGCAGAAUAAUCGAUAUAAAAUAACGAAAUGUCGAAAAUAACUUUAAUAUUAUCAAUUUUCGUAUUGGUUGUUAUCUAUUCUGGUGCGUAUGCAGCAUGUCCUGGCGGUUGGUGCCAUCCAUCACAAGGAUAUGGCUGUUGUGAAGGACAUAAAUGCAUUUCGUAUUACCCUGUAAUAAAUCACCGGGUGUAUCGUCGAGGUACAUGCAUAACCAAUGAGGAACACGACAAAUUACUCGCUGUACCAGCAGCAUGUCCUGGCGAUUGGUGCCAUCCAUCACAAGGAAACAACUGUUGUGAAGGACAUAAAUGCAUUUCGUAUUACACUCUAAAAAAACUCUGGGAUACUCAAGGUAUAUGCAUAACCAAUGAGGAAUACGACAAAUUACUCCCUGUAACAGCAGGAGAAAAAAUAUAACACUACAGUGAAGACUUAUAAAUGUAUUUUAUCAAUUAAUAAAAAGCUCUUAUUCACCAAAAAAAA